AUUGUUUCUCCCAUUGAGUUUCAUAGUAAAGCACACAGACAAAAACAUGUCCAUUUCUUCUGUUUUCUCUGGUUUUUCUGAAAGCUAUGGAAUGUUUUGACAUCUGGAAAAGAUCAUGGUUCAGUGCUUUGAUGGAUUAAAGCAGUUGUAUACUGCUGUGAUAAGCUUUUGUGCUGCUGAUCUGUCCCAGCAGCAGCCCAGAGGUUUAGGAAAUCCAGAAGCACUUGCAAGAGAAACAGUGUUUAGUGUAAGUGAGAUUGAAGCACUGUAUGAACUAUUCAAGAAGAUCAGCAGUGCAGUAAUUGACGAUGGACUAAUUACUAAGCAGGAUGAAUUUCAGUUGGCCUUGUUUAAGACAACCAAGAAAGAGAGCUUAUUUGCGGAUAGGGUGUUUGACUUGUUUGACACAAAGCAUCAGGGGAUACUUGAUUUCAAAGAGUUUGCACUUGCUCUUUCUAUUUUUCAUCCCAAUGCACCAAUCAAUGAUAAGAUUGAGUUUUCAUUCCAAUUGUAUGAUCUCAAACAACAAGGAUUUAUAAAGAGACAGGAGUUGAAACAAAUGGUGGUGGCUACUCUAGCCGAAGCUGGCAUGAGUCUUGCAGAUGACGUGAUUGAAAGCAUUAUUGACAAGACAUUUGAGGAAGCGGAUACAAAACAUGAUGGGAAGAUUGACAAGGAAGAAUGGCGAAACCUUGUCUUGCAUCAUCCUUCCCUUCUUAAAAAUAUGACUCUUCAGUAUCUUAAAGAUAUUACAACUACAUUUCCCAGUUUUGUAUUUCAUUCACAAGUUGACGAUGUUUGAGGCAACUACAUUAUCUGUGAGAGAUAUGGUUGAAAUGGAAAUGCUUUGUUUUUUGUUUUCAUUGAAUUGAACUUUGGCUUCCUUUUUGGGUAGAUAAGGUUUGUAUAUGGAAUAAAUGGACUAUCAUUGAUUUGUUCA